AUGGGUGCCCCCGCCCACGACUUUGAGUACAUAGCGGCUAAUGACAAUCCCCUCGUCAACUUGGCUCACAACUUCUUCUUUGGAGAUGGGGUGCUCUUUGCUCUCGGCUACAAGGUCUGCCCCACUGAGAUCAACGAGCCCAACAACCUGGGCAUAAGGGACAGCUUUGCAUGGCGAGAGCUUGGUGGCAAGAGCGACUUUCUUGCUCUAAAUAAGCCGGCGAGGGUGAGUCUUUCGGGAAACUGCCUCACCCUCACUCCGAACGCGGAGUGCUUGGUCAACGCCAUCCAGCGCAGCACGGCAGCCUGCCAGGCGUUCUGCAGCAUCACGGACAACGGCCCGUGUGAAGGCCAUGGGGCGUGUGUUCCGGCUGACCCCGCCUCCCCCUCCAACUUCACAUGUCUCUGUGAUGCGGGAGUGAGCCCCUCAAACCCUUCACUUCCAUUCCAUCUCCCCCAUUACUACACCACUUCCCUGGCUUCCUUCCCGACUCCCCACCUCUCCCAAUUUUCUCUCUCCACUGCCCUCAUGCUCGCCUCUCCUCUGCCCUCAUGCUCCCCUCUCCACGGCCCUCAUGCUCGCCUCUGCUCUGCCCUCAAGCUCUGUCCACGCAUCUACACCCUUAGUCUCUCACACCUCUGGUCUGAUUUUUUUAUGUGCGCAGAGAAGUGGGAGGGGUUGGAUGUGUGUGAGCAGUUCACACUACAGCAAAUGCUGAAUGCCACCAACAACUGGUCAGAGGACAAUGUGCUAGGCAAGGGUGGAUUUGGCGUUGUCUACAAAGGCCACUCGCCACAAGGGCAGCUGUGGGCCAUCAAGCGCUCCACCAUCAUGACCAACGACUUUGAAACGGAGGUGCGAGCCAUGUCCUCUCUCCACCACAUGCAUCUCGUGCGCCUGCUGGGCUUCUGCCUGGACCAGAACGUGGAGACGGGCAAGCAGGAAGCAGAUCCUGGUGCUAUGAAGCUGGUGGAGGCGUAUGAGGUGGAUGAGCUGAAGGACAGCAAGAUGCCGCCAGUAAGUGAGGAGGCCAUAGUGGACAUUGCGGACCUGGCUUUGGACUGCAUCAAGUCUCCUGGCACACGGCGACCCACGAUGAAGGAUGUGGCAUACCGCCUCAGUGCCCUCAUUGCCAAGCACUGCCCCGACAGGGAGGACGAGUCAGAGAAUGUUGUGAAAGAAGAAGGGACAAGCAACCAAGGGAUGCCUUCUGAGUUGUGUGGAGAUGGAGGGAGGGAGCCUGAGAGGUCUCAUGGCUCACAGUCUGGUGUGAUCUCAUUCACGGGUACUUUCUCGAUGACUGAUAGCCUCAAGAGCUGGCUGCAAUGGAAGCCAUCCAAAGGGCGUUGA